UUUUACUCACUCAAUUUCUUAGGUAUUUUAUUUUUCUCAAUGAGUUUGGGAGGGGUAGAAUGCGUGUGUACGUCUGAUUCCGGAUAUAAAGUUUAUUUUAAUAUUUUCGGUACGUUCAAAGUGCUACAAUAAAAUGAGUACAUUAUAGACGUUCUUUUUAGUGUUUAUGGCUAUUUGCUAGGUAGUUGUUAUAAAGCGGGUGUCGAUAAUCAUGCAAAAUGGCCAACGAUCUGUGGUCAUGUACCUGUUGUUCGGAGGCUCUCACUUGCUGGUUGCGUCUCAAGCUCUCUCCCGAGGAAAUAGAGCAAAGAUACAGGAGCAAAGAGAUCGACAGAAUACUUGAGAAAGAUAAACAAACUUUACGACGGCAGGUUAAACUUUUGCUACUCGGUGCGGGUGAAAGCGGAAAAUCAACAUUCCUGAAACAGAUGAGGAUAAUACACAAAGUGAAGUUCGAGCCCGAACUAGUGCGCGAGUACCAGCAUGUGAUAUAUCAGAAUAUAGUGAAGGGUAUUCAAGUGUUGGUGGAUGCACGGGAUAAGCUCGUAAUACCUUGGGAAAACCCGAGGAAUCUCGACAUCGGCCAGCAGGCGCUGCAUUUCAACAGCACUGCUUCGUUGGACAGUCGCCUCUUCAUGCAUUAUGCACCCCAUAUACACUCAUUGUGGCUAGACAAAGCCAUAAAAAGGGCCUAUGACAGGCGGAGAGAAUUUCAAUUGAGCGACUCCGUCAGCUAUUUCUUCGAGGAACUGGAGCGUAUAGCUCGGCCUGAUUACAUUCCUUCACACCAAGACAUCCUUCACUGUCGGAAGGCCACUAAGGGUAUCACGGAGUGUACUAUAAACAUCAACAAUGUACCGUUUGUGUUCGUCGAUGUCGGAGGUCAGAGGACACAGCGGCAGAAGUGGACUCAGUGCUUCGACUCUGUGACCUCUAUAUUGUUUUUAGUGUCGUCUUCGGAGUUCGAUCAGGUGUUAUCAGAAGAUAGGAAAACUAACAGAUUGGAAGAGGCGCUGAACAUCUUCGACACUAUAGUAAACAACGUUAACUUUAAAGGUAUAUCGAUUAUACUUUUCCUCAACAAAUCUGAUCUAUUGGCGAAGAAAUUAUCGAGCAAGGAGACGGAUAUACGCUGGUUCUAUCCGGCGUUCGAGGGCGAUCCCCAGAGUUUGAGGGACGUGCAGAUGUUCUUGCUCAAAAUGUUCGCGGAUGUCCGCAGGGAACCAAAGACAACGCUUUACCAUCACUUCACAACGGCCAUAGACACUCACAACAUCGAGGUAGUCUUCAACUCGGUCAAGGACACUAUACUCAACCGUAACUUAGAAUCUCUGAUGCUGCAGUGAUCGCCGUCUGUAGAUCUAUUGUUUGUGAUAACGGACAUGGUGUUCUGGCUUCUGUUUCUUCCUCUCCACGGGAAGUACAUUUUAAAAAGACAGAUUAAAAAAAAUAAAUGUGAUUUUGUUUUAAAUUAUUCGGCCUCGAUACGGCCUAAUUCUGCAGUUCCACGGCGCGUGUUCUCCGAGAGCUGGGUCUGUACAGUCUAUAUAGUGAUACAUUUGUAUAUCUGUUUAUUUAUGACCAAAAAUGUAGAUUUUGCACUCGAAAAAAAUAUAUUAUUAUGAUCACUUUAUAUAUCGUAUGAUCGCUUUUACUUGUGUGUACACAAGGGUUUAGAUUUAGGCAUAGUGAAUAUAUAUUUGUAAUAGUUGCAUCUGGCAACAUCGAAGCUAUAAAAUAUUUAAGAUUACCCGCCUUUCAAAUUAACUGCCAUUUGAAUUUCAAAUAUGGAAACCGAGUCACGGAAUCGCAACAGCACUUUAAUAUUAAGUAAACCCGUAAGUACAUAUAGAUUUGGAAAGACUUAUCCCCUUUUGGGAAUAAAAGUUACACAGAAACUGUGAUCGAAUCUUAGGGCUGUAAACAGCAACGAAAUGUUUUUUAAUUAUUAUUGUUUAUAUGAGAUAUGUCUCAUCUAUACACAUGUUAGAUCAAUUUAUGAUUGGUUGAUUUGCUGAUAAAUUUCAUCCCCUCGAGUUUUUGAAGGUUAUUAAAAAAAAAAACUCCGUCCUAAUUAUAUCGGACAUCCAAAAUUUCGAACGUCGGCACAAGUAAGACCGAGCUGAUCUUCGCAUUGCAAGUGAUUAAUGCAUAAUCUCGAUCAUAAUAAACAUACUCAGAUAGCAAAUAUUAUAAGCUUUAGAGUAUUUAUUUCUAUGUAGAAUAGAUUAUUUAUUCAUUGUAAUUUUUAUAUAUAUAUAUAAUUGGAGGCUAUAUGUAAAUACCUCUUUAGUUUAGUUUUAUAUAACGGGGCUCUUGUAUGUAUGUGAUACGUUGCAUUUAUCUGUGCCAUUGGUUUGGACUAAAGCCUGUUUCACACUACCAUGAAAACGCAGCGUGAUUUAUGAACUAUCAGUGUAUAUAGGAAUUGUAGCUUUUGGUUUUAUAGAAAAAGAUUUCAUACAUAAGCAAAUAUCAAAUCGGAUGGUAACAAAUAUUUAAUUGAAUUGAAUUGUAUUUAAAAUUUUUUCAUCAUAAUAUUAUUUGCACUUAUAUUAUUAUUUUUAUAUACAAAUGUAAUUGGAAUAAUUUUAAACAAUAUUUUUUUUAUAUAAUCUGUAAUACAAUAAAGAGAUUUUCACUUGACAUACAAUAAUUUGUUUGCCCCUUCAGACACAGCCACCAAAUAUAGAUUGUAUGUAUAAAAUAAUUGACAACUGAAAUGUUCUUUGUGUGAUACAGUGGUCAAUGCCGCCAAUGAUGUUAUCAAUGCAAUGAAAUGAAAGCAAUAAGUGUAUGAGAUUAUGUAAAGUUUAUUUAAUGUAAUUUAGAUGUUUUUAGACUUGUUGAUACAAAAACUAUCAUAAUCUUUGAUACUGGGGAUCUCUACGGCUAGUUGUAUCUGAUUUUGAGUACAUAUUAAUUUUGUAUCUGAGUUAUUUAGUAUUUCGUUAUCGCGUAUGUAUUGAUGUUUUUAGACAAUUAUAUAUAUAUGAUAUUAAUUUAAACGUAUGUGAUGGUAAAAUUUUUAUAAACUUUUGAACAACGCAUACUGGUUAAUGGUAAAUAUAGUGAAAUGGGUCUCAAACUAGCGACUAAGUCGGAUGUGAUAGGACGGUUGAGUUUAGGGGAUCGUUUGCGACAUUCGCUUUGUACUACAUAAAAAAAACGCGCGUUUAUUUAAGACGUGUGUGAAAGAACUCUUAAUGUUGAGAGAUUUAAAAUAAAUGUACCUAUAAAAUGAAUUCAAAGAAAAUGUCAAUUACAUGAGUAUCAACGAUUUGAUCAUACGACAAAAUAUAAAAAAAUUACUUUUGUUUGCUUUUCAUUAGUAGGGGAUUUUAAAAUGUCUAACAUCUUGCUACGCAAUAGUGAAUGUCGCAUUCGAUACGUAGUUAUAUGCCGAGGGUGCCAAUUCUUAUAUUGCUCGAUAUCAUAAAUUGUUUAUGUAUAAAUGGUACGCAGUGGUUUUGUUAGUAAUGCCUGGGCUGAGUGACCGGCUGUAGUUAGUGUUACGAAUUUUAAAAGUAUGUUAUGUUGCACACUGUACGGUGUUGACAAUAUCUUUUUGAAUUCUUCUAUAUUUUGUAUACAGCCCAAUAUUUAUUGUACAGUGUAAUUAAAUACCAUGCAUGUA